ACAAGAGGACGACAAAUAUGUCAGCGCCCUCAAACUCAAAGUACAAGGUACUUUGUAUUCAUGGAUACAGGCAGAAUGCUAAGAUUUUCAGGGAGAAGAUGGGGGCUUUUAGAAAAAUCAUGAAAAGCCAAGCUGAGUUUGUGUUUAUUACUGCUCCCAAUGAUGUGACCGAAAUAUUACCAAAUUGCGAGAAUGCAGAAUCUGCCACUGCCGAAAAUGACAGCAACAGAGGCUGGUGGUUUAGUACUCGGGAAAAAUCCUACCGCGCCCAAGAUUUUACAGAUAUAGAUGAUGGUUUUAUUACUUCUGUGGAUGUGAUACGUGCAGCUUUUAGAGAACAUGGCCCUUUUGAUGGAGUGCUAGGUUUCAGUCAAGGAGCAUCCAUGGUGUCUAUUCUCUGUGGAAUGAGAGAGCAAGGAGACCCAGAUAUUCAGUUUAAGUUUGCAGUGCUUGUGGCUGGCUACAAGAGCAGAUCUGGGUGUCAUGAUACGUUUUAUACCAAGCCUAUAUCAGUCCCGUCACUGCAUGUGUUUGGAGAUACGGAUCAGGUGAUACCAAAAGAAAUGAGCAUAGAUCUUCAGAAGUACUUUUUAGAUCCAAAGACCAUUGAACACCCUGGUGGACACUUUAUACCUGCAACAGGUCAGCAUAAGCCAACCUACCGUACAUUCAUUGAAUCCAUUUCGAGAAGUUGACAUCUAUGAGUUAGCAAUUGUAUAGGUACUGUGUGUAAUGCUGUUGCAAGGGGCACUUAUUGGCAAAAUUUAAUCUAGUCAUUAUUCUUUCAUAUUUACUCAUAACAUGUUAGUGUGAACAUUUUAAGCUAGCUUGUACUAAAUUUGAACAAUACCAGAUGCUACUUAAUAUCAUGUUACAUUUUUGUCAGCAAUCAAAAAAAUAACGGUGUCACGUAGUUUGUUUCGUUAUAAAAGUAUGACAAACAAUUAUCAACAGCAUUUCAAGCCAAAACAACAACAACAGUAUGUUAAUUAUAUCGUGAGUUUACUAUUGAUAAUGUAAUACAGCCAUGAUAGGAAUGCAUGACUUUCAGUUAUGUACAAACAUGUUAUUUUCGAGAAUAAAUAAAGACUAUUCACAUUCUGCA